AUGCCUUUUUGGGAAAGGAGACCCGUCGGCCAGUUUUUGCGUCUGCUGGUAGUGGGGAUCCUGAUGCUCUUUGCCACAGUGGUGCUGAAAUACACCACUUGGGAGUGUGACUUCACCCACCUGGGCGAAGACGCCAUGGACCCCAAGAGCCAAUCCUGCAAAGCUAGGCUCUACCAAGCCGUGAGACUCUCUUCCACGGGCAACAUCAAUUGCUCUCGGAUCAGCAGAGGGGACAUAACAGCCAUUGAGGAGGCUCUGAUGUACAGGUUGCAGCGUGGGAACAAGAGGGCCCCCUUGGAGGAGAAGGAAUACUUGAACAUGACCAAGGACUGUGGGUUCUUCAAAGGAAGCAGGAAAUUUAUCGAGUUCCCACUGAGCAAAGAAGAGGAAGGCUUCCCCAUUGCUUAUUCCAUGGUGGUCCAUGAGAAGAUUGAGAUGUUUGAAAGGCUAUUAAGGUCCAUCUACACCCCCCAGAAUGUGUACUGUGUCCAUGUCGACAGGAAAGCCCCUGAACCUUUCCAAGCGGCAGUCCGGGCAAUCGUCUCCUGCUUUGAGAAUGUCUUUCUGGCAUCGAAGCAGGAGAGUGUGGUGUAUGCCUCUUGGUCCAGGGUUCAAGCUGAUUUGAACUGCAUGGAAGAACUACUGCAGAGCAAGGUGAGUUGGAAUUAUCUCCUGAACACCUGUGGAACCGACUUCCCUAUCAAGACCAACGUGGAGAUCAUCCAAGCCCUAAAACUUUUGAAUGGGAAAAACAACAUGGAGUCAGAGAAACCCUCUGGGGCUAAAAAGGGCCGUUGGAAAUAUCGCCAUAACGUGACGAAUUCCGUGGUCCGAACCAACAUAGAGAAGAGCCCCCCUCCUCAAAGUACCCCAAUGUUCACAGGUAAUGCAUAUGUCGUGGUCACCCGCGAGUUUGUCCAACACCUCUUCGAAGAUCCGACUGCAAAACAGUUACUGGAGUGGUCCAAAGACACUUACAGUCCAGAUGAGCAUCUUUGGGCCACUUUGCACCGGAUGCCAGGAGUGCCGGGCUCAGUCCCUUUUGAUGGCAAAUUCGAUCUUACAGAUAUGAACGCCAUUGCGAGAGCAGUGAAGUGGUCCUACAAUGCUGGAGAGGUCAGGAAAGGGGCUUCUUACCCCCCUUGUUCAGGUGUCUACCAGCGGGCGGUGUGUAUCUAUGGAAUAGGUGACCUCCCCUGGCUGAUCAGCCAGCACCACCUGUUCGCCAACAAGUUUGAUCCCAGAGUCGAUGAGAAUGCCAUACAAUGUUUGGAAGAGUACCUACGCUACAAAUCAGUCUACAGGAAGGGGCUUUGA